UAUUCGAUAAUUCAUUCCAAUCCUCCCAUCUUAGAAAAUAGAAAUAUUAUUAAACUUCACCGCAAGUCUUCCUAGUCCAAUACGAACUCUUUACUUCGAAAUCAAAAAUCCUACUCCUAUUCUUCUUCUUCUUCUUCUUCUUUCUUCUAUAAAUUCUCCAAGCUUUUCCAAAUUCCACAUCAAAACUCUUCUCUUUCUCUUCCUUCAAACUCCCCAACUUCGUAUCACUCUCCUAAAAUCAAAACCCAUUAAUCCUUUCAAAGAUGGUGAUGCUCAGAAUUCGAAGCAGAGAUGGACUUGAGCGAGUCACCAUUGAUAAUCCUCACAUCAAUGUCUCUCAGCUUAAAGCCAUCAUCCAAUCACAGCUUCAAAUCCCUUCUCACAAUCAAACCCUCUCCACCAACCAGAACCUUCUUUUGUGCAAGACCCAUGACGAUCUUUCCCGCUUCGUAGACAUGGCUGACCCAAAUACCACUCUCUCUUCCCUCAACCUCUCUCACGGUUCGAUCGUUUUUCUUGCCUACGAUGGCGAGAGAACUGUUCCCGGACCGGCUGUUAACCCAGCUGGGUCUUUUGGCCGGAAGAUGACCAUGGAUGAUCUCAUCGCAAAGCAGAUGAGGGUCUCGCGCCAGGAGAAUCCGCAUUGUGAAUUGGUCUCGUUCGAUCGCGAUUGUGCUAACGCGUUCCAGCAUUACGUGAAUGAUGCUCUUGCUUUUGCGGUUAAGCGUGGUGGGUUUAUGUACGGCACUGUUUCGGAGGAGGGGAAAGUGGAGGUGGAUUUCAUAUAUGAGCCGCCUCAGCAAGGAACUGAGGAGAAUUUGUUGCUUUUCAGAGACCCAGAUGAGGAAAAGAUAGUGGAAGCAAUUGCUGUUGGUUUGGGUAUGACAAGGGUUGGAUUUAUCUUCACUCAAACCAUCAGUCAGGAUAAAAAGGACUAUACUUUAUCGAAUAGGGAGGUUCUUCAGGCUGCUGAGUUUCACGCCGAAAGUGGCUUGAAGGAAUGGGUGACCGCUGUGGUGAAGCUUGAAGUGAACGAGGAUGGCGCUGCUGAUGUGCACUUUGAGGCUUUUCAGAUGAGUGAUGUGUGCAUUAGGUUGUUCAAGGAAGAGUGGUUUGAGACUGAGUUUGGAGAAGAUGCUGAUCCCAAGCUCUCAAAGAUGAAGAAAGAUGUUGUUGUUGGGGUCAAGGACACUAAAGAGGUGGACAAUGAUUUCUUCUUGGUGGUUGUCAAGAUAGCUGAUCACCAGGGCCCCCUUUCAUCAACCUUUCCCAUUGAGAACCGGAAUAACCCAGUAACAAUGAGGGCACUGAAAAAUCAUCUUGAUCGAGCAAAGAAUCUUCCAUUCGUUAAGCGGAUUUCAGAUUUUCAUUUGCUGCUAUUGCUGGGAAGAUACUUAGACCUCAAUGCUGAUGUUCCUGCUCUGGCAGAGUGUGUGCACACAGAGAGCCCCGUUCCCGAAGGCUACAAGCUACUAAUUGAAUCCUUGGCAAGUGCUUCUGCUUAAUUGCUACACUCUGGGAAGCCCUUUUGGAAAAUGAUUUCAUACAUAUCUAUGUGCUUGAUCUCAUUACCUCAUUUGAAGAAGUAAUAUGUUGCCUUAUGAUGUUGUUCAUCAUCACCCAAAAGAUGGAUUUGAAAGUUAUUAGAUGCCUUUGUCAUAACCAUAGCUGAUAUAUAUAUAUACAGUUUGUUUAAGCAUUUUUUAUUUUAGGAUUGUUGCUUAUGUUUUGAUUAUUAUAGAAUAUAAAUAAAUAGUUUAACAACAAUUACAAUUUUUUCCAAUUUGAUUUAUCUUUGCCUGUAAUACUAAGCAACUAUCUCCCCUGUGGAUCCUAUUUCCUCCAAAGAAAAAAAAAAACACUAGGUGGCUUGGUUGGAGGAAUAAAUAGAAUAUUUUUAUUUUAUUUUUUUUA